UAGGGUUAGAGUAAACACCAACUCCCAACUCCCAACUCCAGAAGCCUCCACGCCCCCUUCGAACAUCUCCCUUACCUACCAUCUAAAAACAGUUCCGGAUUCCUCUUCUAAAGCAAACUUCUUUGAUGGUAACCUCCAUCCGACAUCCGACAAAAAACCACACCCUCCUCUCAUUCACUUCUAGUACUUAGCUACCAUUCAAGCAAAACCUCUGUCAACAUUGAUCGAUCAGUAACAGGAUGUUUUAGAUCUGAGGAUAAGUGGCCGAUACCUAAAACAUUGAAGGUUCUCAAAGACCGGGCACAAGAGAUCUAUUAAAGGUGUGCUUCCUACAAUUUUAAGUUCAUUGAUUUGAAUUUCAAACUGAGAAUUGAUUUUUUUGGAAGAUGUGGAUGGAGAUUCCGCUGAAAUUUAGAAACGGUCUAAUCAAGGCGCUGCUGACAGACAAAUGCUUCUCAAAAUUAUUCCUCGUACUUUAGAAGUUCAGUAAAUCCAUUGUAAUUUAUGCAAUUGAUGGUAUUUUACUUUUUUAAUGCUCAUCAUUUUUCAAUUUUUUCAUAUUCCAUUGAUGGUUUCUUAUGCAUAGUUUAAAUAGAUGCUUGGAGAACAAAAACUGGAAUGCUGCGAUUUGGAUAAAAUGCAUCCUAAUCUGACUAUAUUAUACGGAGUACUCCUUAAUGUUCAAAAGCUAAAGUGUUGACUCAAAAUCAAUGAUUUGUUUGAAAUGCCUAAACUCUACCUAAUCUGCCUAACCUGCCGAAUCAUCAUAAUCUUAAUUAUUGGCGUAUUCACUAAUAAUUAAAAUCUCUAGUAUGAAGUUACAAACAAAUAACCUCCACAUUUUUUAAUCAUUACUACUACAUAAUCAUUACAUAUAAAGUAUAAACUCAUGAGUUCAAAUAAAUAAUUUUCAGGGAUUAGCUAAACCCUGUUUUUCUCUUAUAAUACAGUUUCCCGAAAAUGAAAACAAUGAUUUCUCGAGCAUAACUAAAAUCUGCCCAAGCUGUAUAACUUAAAAUCUUAUAAAUUAAUCUCCUGAAAUGAAACCAAGGAAUUGUUAGUCUUUGCUAAACUCCAUCAGUUUGCCUAGUUUUUCUUCUCUAUACUACGCACUACUACAGGAAUGACUUACUACGACGCACAUUUCACGUCAGUUUUCAAAAACCGCCCUCAAAAGGUAUAUUUUACAUUGGUUGUCUAAAAACCCGACGUUGUAGAUUUUUAAGAAAAAUUAUACUUCCUCCGUCUCUAAAUAAAAACAUAUGUUUCCUUUUCGAGUAGUGCCUACAUAAAAGUUCCUUUUCCUUUUUUGGCAAACAAAAUAGUGCAAAACAGUGCAAAAUAGUGCCAAACAAUGCCAAACAGUGUCCAAACAGUACCAACCAAAUCCACUUUCUUAAAAUGUGUGGAAAACGAAUGGAUACUUUUAUAUAUGGACGGAGGGAGUACUUUCCUCUCACGUCGGGUUAUAUUGCGACUGCCGUAGUAGAUGUGCAUUUAUAUUAAAUAAAUAACGCCUGUUAUGAGCAAACAGCGUAAAAAUGUCUUCGAUUUUAGCACGAACCGCUUUACUUUGUUAUAGCCACGCUGAAGUUGUUUAAAAUUAAAAAUAAAUACACCACAAGUUAAAAGAAAGGAAAUUGGAUGGCCAUGGAACCCUUCUUUCAUCAUCUCUAUUCCCUGUGCUCGAAAUCUUUCUCUGCUAAAUUUGCCGAUCUCCUUCCUGCGCUUAAACAACGCUUGUCAGCUCUUUUCCAUACGCUCGAAAUAUGGUUACCUUCUAUCGCUCAGAGUGGGACGAUCCGGUACAAGGUUGGCCGCAUUGUCUAGCGAAAUCUCCUCACUGGGUUACAGUGCGAAUUUUCUUUCUUAUGCGAUUGAAAUUCUGGAAUACUUUCUAUUGUAUAUGAAAUCCCCCCCCCCCCCCCCCCCCCCCUCUAAAAUUUAGGGUUUAUGUUUCAGACUUUAUUUUUUUAUUUCAAUUGUGAGUUCGGCUCUGCAUGACGCUCGUAUUGCAGAGAGCCAACUUCAAACUAUCUACUCCUUUCCCGGAUCCUAGUCUUUCUCAUAGGUUUUCGGAAGAGCUGUUGGUUUGUAUAGAUGCAUCUUAGCAGCGGCUCCUGCUCGCAACCACAUGGACCCGCCCUGCGAGGCCAGAUUGGGCCUAGCGGUCAGACUAUUAUGUUUGCUUAAUUUUCUUUCUCUAUUUAUGUUAUUGGUGCUUUGUUAAUAUAUUUUGAUUAUAAUAUAUAAUUAGUGUGUAUACAACUGUGAAACAAAUUUUAAGUAUUUACUUAAAAUUGAUCACAAAUAAUAAUAUGUGAGAAUAUUGGGUACAAUCUCUAAAUAUUAAUCCUCUGAUUCUUCACUUGCAAUUUGAAAUAAAUAUAAUUAAAGAAAUUAAUUCAAAAUUAAAUCUUUAAUCUUUCAAACGUUCGAACGUUCUUCAGAUCUUCAAAUCUUUGUUCUUGAGAUCUUCGAAUCUUCGAAUCUUCGUUCGUCAAAUCUUCAAAUCUUCUUGAAUUAAGAAUUCAACUUGAAGGGUCUCCGGUUUUCAAGUGGCUUGAUCUUCAACAAAAGGGCCGUUUUAUGGCUUGAUCUUCUGUUUAAGGGCCUUCCGGGAUAUAUGGCUUGAUCUUCAAUUGAAUCUUGAUUCAAUCUUCAUAUGAAUAUCUUCAAAUCUUUGAAGAUUCGUUCUUCAUAUCUUCGAAUCUUCAAAGUCUUGUUCUUCAGAUCUUCGAAUCUUCAAGCUUCGUUCUUCUGAUCUUCGAACGUUCUUCAACUUUUCGUAUGAUCUUGAGAAAAUUCGUGGCUUGAUAUCUUCUUCCUCUUCUUUGGAAUCGUUCAGAGCCUCUCGGGAGUUCUUCAGAGCUUUUCUGCAGCGUUUCUUUGACUUGAAUUUUUUUUCUCUUUUUUUUUUCUCAACUGGGACCCUAUUUAUAGGUGUGGAGGGGAUGAAAUAUGCUUUAGGGUUCUCAAAAUUCGUUCAUAUCAUUUGGGCCCCAAUUAAAAUGGGCUUUGGGCUCAAUUUGCUUGCUUUUUAAUAGCUACAAAAAUCAGCAUCUAUUCGAUGUAUCUGAACAGCUUUCUUAACAAGAUUCAGAGCUAUUUCUCAUGCAUGCGGAUGGAUUUCUUAACCAGAUUUAUUGCUCUCUUUAUCAAUUGAAUCAUGGCUCUUAAAUAUUGAGCCAAUAUUUGAUAAUGAGCUUAAUAGGACCAGCCCAUUUUUUUUAAAGAUUUAAUUUAUAAUUAAAUUAAUUGGAUAUUGUAAAUGAUCCAAAUUAAUUUAAUCACUAAAUUUUAUUUGAGCGGAUUCAUAUUAAUGUUUUCCUUUUGAUAGGCUGAUAGCAUUCAUGAGCAGCCCUGUAGAAUUCAGCGUUGAUCUACUAGCAUUCAAAUGAGGCCCAAUAAAACAGAUAAUAGUCUGAUAGCAUUUGAAGAGACCCAAUGACUACCAGCCUUGAUUGUGUAUGUAUUUGAAGGAACAGUAUGUCUCGACCCUGCAUGAUCAGCCCAAUAUUCAUUUGUUGCUUAAAGAAAAGUUUAAUCGAUCAGACACAUGAAUUGAAUUUUGAAUGGCCGACAUAUACGAACUAUCAGUAUAUAACCACUCAAAUUCUGAUCAAUAGCCAACUUAUAAUUUGCCAUCAUGAUCUAAUCAAUUUACGGGUAUUAGAAUUAGAAUUCCUAAUUUCCGUCAUCCUUCAAAUCCUAUUAGGACUUUGAUCUUGCAUUUUGUAUCCACUGUUACUAUUUUUAUCAUAAAACAUCAACUAGCUUCUCUUCUCCGUAUUCAAACAUUACAAGAAACAUUAGAAUCUGAUUGGAGCUUUCGGAAGAGGAGACAAAAAAAUUCAGCAGGGAAAUUUGUAGGUCGCAGCUCCCCUGUUUGCCGCCGGGCUGAUUGGCCGUCGUUCCUAUCUCCGCUGCUCUUGUUCGUCGAAGAAGAAGAUUGCUGCUUCACUUUGUAAUUUCCGGCGAGGAGGAGACCACGGCACCUGUUGCUAUCAGAGACUGGCGUUGCGAGAGGCUGAUUUACGGCGAAGGAGAUGCCGUUCGAAGUUUUAGUGGGGCUGUCGUCCUGUUGUUGUCUUUAUACGAGAAAGAAGACGGACCAGGUCACAACUUGGGUAAAGAUUUAGCCCGAUCGAUUUCAGCCGAUGUAUUUCAGUUUCAAGGAGGUUCUGGUGCUGCGAUGAUUUUCUUCUGGUGGUGAGCGGCGAACCGUUUCUUCUGGUGCCAAAAUAUGAAUUCUUCGGGUUUAAUUUCACCUACGUCAAGGAGGGAAAGAGCUCGCCGUCUAAAUCCUGGGAGGAAUUGCUGUUCGCAGAUUUGAGACCGAAGCUGGUUGGAAAUUGCGGCCGGAGACGAUGGUGACGAGCUGCCGUUUGCUGUGUUGUCACAGGCCGAGAUGACGCCUCUGCUGCAGUCUUGCGUGAAGAUGACCAGGGAUGAGGAUGCGGAUGAGGAUGCGGAUGAGGAUGCUGUACUGUUUUUAAUAAAUAUUGGGCCUGUCUAGAAUUUUAACCUCCUCAAAGGGUAGUUCUAAAAGAGGCCCAAUUUUCUGCUAUUUCAUGUGCAUUGAAUAUGGUCUCGUUUAUUGAAGAGGAAGGAGAUUGACUAAUUAUCAAUCGUCGGUGUCGCUUGGGGUCCUUCGUUGGGCUAGUGAUACUGAUCUAAAGAAUUAGGUCGAUUUCCGACCGUCGGUGUCGCUUGGGGCCUUUCGUUAGGCUAGUGGCACCGAUCUAAAGAAAUAGGUCUAUUGCCGGUUGUCGGUGUCGCUUGGGGCCCUUCGUUGGGAUAGUGACACCGAUCUAAAGAAAUAGUCCGAUUGCCGGUCAUCAGUGUCGCUUGGGGCCCUUCGUUGGGUUAGUGGCACCGAUCUAAAGAAUUGGUCUGAUUGCCGAUCAUCGGUGUCGCUUGGGGCCCUUCGUUGGGCUAGUGACAACGAUCUAAAGAAAUAGUCCGAUUGCCGGUCUUCAGUGUCGCUUGGGGCCCUUCGUUGGGUUAGUGGCACCAAUAUAGAGAAUUCGGCUAAUUGCACCUGUUGAAGACUGAGAUGUUCCCGCUACUUUCAAACUUUGUCCAUUCUGAAGGAGCUUGACUAAUUAUUGGCCAAUGUUACUGAUUUAUUUUGUUUGUCUAGUCAUAAGAUGAAGCCAAUCGCUCGGGCUUGAGAUUGAUUAUCAUCGCUGAGCGGCCCUUUUUAUUAUUAUUACUAUUAUUGUUAUUAUUACUUUAGUAUUUUUUAUAUAGUAAUAAUAAUAAUAAUAAUAAUGAUGAUGAUGAUGAUGAUGAUGAUGAUGAUGAUGAUGAUGAUGAUGAUGAUGAUGAUGAUGAUGAUGAUGAUGAUAUUUUUUUUUGCAGUCCAAAAUGAUAUAUUUUAAGGACGUAAGGCGUGGAGGCAAAAAGUAUCUCUCAAUAUCAACGAGCAAGAAGAAUGAUGAAGAGAUUCUUUUGGAGAUGCACAAACCAUUUGCUCGCGAGUUUUGGGGUCCAACGGUUGUGUCCUAUCGAGUUACAAACUGGACUCCUGAGCGCGAGUAUCAAGCUCAGACAAUGCGGACUUUAGUAUCUGGCUUUACUCACAUGUCCUCUUCUGAGAUUCUUCCUUCUUUGGGUAGACGUAUCCUUGAUGAAAACAUCCCUUUGACAAAGACCUUAUCAUUUGGUGGUGAGUUUAGAUUCAUCACAGGCUAUUGGGACUGGGCCGAGGAUAUUUUGGGCAUGAGUAAAAGCGUUCUGGAGGAAGGGCUUAUUUACGAUGCUGUUUAUACCUCAUUAUUCACGUAUGACCGAUGUACUAAUGCUAUUCAAGCAUUUUGUGAGGCAUGGUGUCCCACGACGAAUACUUUGCUUACGUCAAUUGGCGAAUUGACGAUCACACUUUGGGACUUGCACGUUAUCAGAGGAUUGCCUAUCAUAGGAGACGCAUAUGAUGAAUCUAUUCUGGGCACUUCUGAGUUGUUAAAUACGAGCGCUGACCGUUCAUUUCAUCUCUGCAAAUAUUUGUUUCACGCCUAUCAUCAUCUCUUUCCCAAAGCCGGAGAUAAGCGUGUUUUGCAUGUUCAUGUGUGGGUCAAAUUCUGGUUCAGAAAGGCCUCCAAGUAUACUAUGCCUCCAGUGAGAACUGAGAAGAAACGAACAUCUCGUACCAAGGCGACCCAUAAUCCGAGCGGAGCUAUUCCAAAAUUUUGAGGAUGGUCGACUUCUAUGAAGGUACCUUUCCAUGUACUCAAGGUUCCUGCUGAAUAUGAGGACGAGGUAUAUUUAGCGGCAUUUUAUCGUGUUGGCUUUGUGCAUUUGUAUUGCCGCAUGAAGGUUCUAGUGUUAUCCGCCCGGAAACAUUUAGAGUUGCUUGUAUGUUGGCUCGAGGGAAACGUGUAUGCCUUGCGGUCCCGAUUCUUGCAAGUGUCUAUCAUGGGCUUAAUCGGAUCUCGAAUGCUCCAGCUCCUGAUCAAGUUAGAAAGUGUUUUCCCGUUCACUAUGUCUAUGGAUGGUUGGCAUCAUACUUUGAUACACAUUUUAAGAACGAGAUCCAGUCCACGACGCCAUUAAUGAUUUCUUAUUCGGGAGAAAGUGGAGCGAGAUCCCUCAAGAAGAGAAGUGCGUGAAAACGAAUUUUCCAGGGAGAUGUAUCAGCAUGGGUGUGUUCUACACAUCGGAGAAUCAGAGAAUAUUCAUUCUGCGAUGGUAAAAAUCCUCCAGAGGCUGAGUUGGCACUUUUUAAUUAGGAGUCUUUGGUCUAAUUAUCUUGUAUUACGCUACCGGGGUCAUUGCAUUGUUGAACCUUACACUCCUCACCGCUUUAGUUUCCAAUUUGGGUACUUUCAGGCUUAUGCUUUUGGCUUUCUUGAGAUGCGUAAUCGGAGUGUCACACUUGCUGCUGGCUUUCAGCUUUGGCUACAGUUUGAGCACGGUAUGUCACAAGCUGAAGCGGUAUUUCCGACUCCUCCUACUAUUCUAGCGAAAUUUUAUUCAUUGCAGUAUAAAGAAUGGUGGGGUCAAGUCCAUGGAAGUUAUUUGGAGAAUCAUGUGAGUGGCUUGAUCAAGAUUUGCGAUCUUGCGGUUGGUGAUGUGAUCACCCCUUCAGAUCCUGUGACUCCAAUCUCCAAGAAGAAGAAAAUGCCUGAUACUGAAGCUAAGUCUUUGCCUCAGAAAAAGGCUAAGUUUGUAGCACCUAGGGCUGAAGUUUUAAUUAAGGAUGCUGAGAAGGAAAUGUCUCCUGCUAAUGAAAGACAGAGUAGUGAUGAGAGGAACUGGAAGCAUUUUAGGAAACCUCAUGUUGGGCAACUUAAGUCCUUGAUGAUGCUAGUUCCUCGAAUCAUGUUUCUUCAUCUAGCUCAAGUGAAGGAGAAAGCGCAGAUCAUGACACCGUCGCUGGAUUGAUAGCAGAAAUCGGCCCAAGUCAUUGCAAAGAAGUUCCGAUCCAUGAAAUACCCAAGUCUUCUCAUGCGAAACCGGCUGCAUUUGUAUUCCAUGCAGAAGACUAUUUCUUUACUUUGUAUAAGCAGUUCAUCAUUAAUACUUGGAGUGGCAUUCAACAAAAGUUAGGACGGGCUACAGCAGAGAACGUCUCAUCUCUUCGGGAGAGUGUUGAGAAUUGUGUUAUCUUGAUGGAGAAGGAGGGCAUUGACCUUUCCAUGUUGAAGACGAGAGUGAAGCAUUUCUUUGAAAGGGCACAAACAUUUGAUCAGACGUGCUCGACUGUUGCUGAUAGGGUUCCUUCUGAGAAACAAUCUCAGGAAUUGGCUAUGUCGCAGGCUUUUUGUGAAGAUAUUGAAGCUAAGAGAUCUUAAAACCAAGUGGCAUUACUUGAUGAUGAGAAAUCUCGUAAUGAUAUCAAGAAGAAGAUAGCCUUAUUGGAAGCUGAAGCUAAGGAAAUAGAAGUUUCGAUCUCCAAGCGUCGUGUAGAGGCUAGUGACUUAGACGCAGCUCUUACGAAGGCUAAGGAGGAGUCUUCACGGAUUUUGAAGACUAUCAAAGCAUCAGAUGAGGAUCAAUUUGCUUUAAGUACUCAAAAGAAGGAGCUAGAGGCCUUGAAGGAUGACUUAGUUAGCUUUAAAUUGUUUUUAGGCUGAUACUUAGCUCUUAGAUUAGCUUUUAGUCAGCAAACAACUCUUUUCCUUACUUCUUACCAAACUAUAUAUGGAUAUUUGCUUCCUUUGUUGCU